AUGGGGGACUUUGAUGGUGAGCAAAAAGAAUUGAUCAAGAAAUUGGUAAACUUUCGCAUGAUCGAUGGUAAAAGAACGAGAGUUCGUGCUAUUGUUUAUAAAACUUUUCACCGCCUAGCUCGAACUGAACGCGAUGUAAUCAAACUUAUGGUUGACGCCGUAGAUAAUAUAAAGCCAAUAUGCGAAGUGGUCAAAGUAGGAGUCGCAGGUACUAUUUAUGAUGUUCCUGGGAUUGUAGCCAGGGAUCGUCAACAAACCUUAGCUAUUCGUUGGAUCCUUGGAGCAGCUUUCAAACGACGUAUAAGCUACAGGAUAAGCUUAGAGAAAUGUUCAUUUGCUGAGAUACUGGAUGCUUACCGAAAGAGGGGAAUUUCACGUAAGAGAAGGGGGAAUCUUCAUGGACUGGCUUCCACCAAUCGGAGUUUCGCGCAUUUCAGAUGGUGGUAA